AUUCCAUAUACCAUAAAACUGCUAUUGUCAUUUUUGUUCGUUCUCGUUGGAUGUAUUGGUCUCGUUGGAAACAUGCUCACUGUACUUGUUAUUUACAAGACUACCUCACUUCAUUCACAUACCAACUACUUUCUUGCGUCACUUGCUAUUUCGGACCUUUGCUUGAUUGUUGUUGGUGUGCCGUUUGAUUUGUUUCGUAUUUGGAGAAAAAACCGACCACCUGAUAUUAUUGGAUACUGUGCCCUGAUGAGCACUUCAAUAUCGUUGUUUACAUUUGCUUCUAUACUUACAAUCGUUUCAUUGACAGCUGAACGUUUCAUAGCUAUUUGUUAUCCGUUCAGUCACCGCUCGAUAUUUGAUAAGCGAAGGUCAGUAUUUUCACUGUACACGUUAGUUUUUCUUUUUCAAUAUCGCCUCUAUUCUCAAUUCAAACGUGUCGUGCCAGAUUUCUGCGGCUAUAACAGGCAACUGAAUAGUGAACGAGGAAGUUGUGACUACGUAACUAGUCAAAACGUGCCAUUCCCCUACCCAUUUGAAGUUUGCUCGUUUUUAAUUCACUUUUGUUUCACCAACAACGUUUGUCUCCAUCUUCCUUCAAUCAUUAUAGUUAACAAUGAUUGUUACCUUCGUGAUGCCAUUGAUAUUCAUCGUUUUUGCAAGUUGUUCGCCAUUUUCUCAGCAACACUCAGCGAAAUGUCAACAACAUCAAGAGUUCACGUCCCAAUCGGUACUACUAACAGUACCGACUCGUCACAGCCGAGCAUACUAUAUGUGCACACAAAAAACGACGCGCCAUCAAAGAGUGAACAAGCACAAAGAAUGGUUAUUAUGAUGCUGGUCACUGUCACGACCGUAUUUUUUAUCUGCUAUCUACCGUACCAUAUAGAACGAUUGGUAGUACAGUACACAAAACAACAAUGCGACAGCUCCACAUUUUGCUUGCUCCUCUAUCCCAUUACAGGCUUAUUGCAAUACAUCUCCGCGACAUUAAAUCCGAUAUUCUACAACCUUAUGUCGACCAGGUUUCGAACGGCAUUCACUCAGCUCGUGCACCAAAUGUUGCUAAAACGCGGUGGUGACUAUGACUCAAUGGCUCGGAUGUGA